AUGAUGACAUUGCUCAGGAGCGACAUGGAUGCCGAAAUGCUCUCAAUCUUGCGGGACUGUUUCUAUACUUCUGUCCCAACUCACUCUAUGACGUGCCGUAGCUUCCACCUCUCACAUCGGCUCCUAUACAGCUCAGCUCUCCUGAGCCUCUACGACAACCGCAUGACAUUCACGCCUUUCACCAUGGCCUCAUCUUCAUUCACGCACCACGCCCUCUGGCUCGCACCCGCAACCUCAAUCUUCCUCGCCGGCUACUCCUUCGCAACCUCCCAAAACAUCAUCUCCAACAUCGCAGACCUACCUCCCCAACAAUCAACCCCAAUCUUCAAACGCACCACGAAAUCGGGCUUCUACACAGUGUUUCCUACAAUACUCGUAUCCUCCGCUGCAUCAGCCAUCUUAUGGCAUAGUUCCAAGUCAGAACAGAUCAAGAGAUUACAUUUGAUCGCGGCGCUCUCGACGCUCGCUGCGAUACCUUAUUCGGGGUUGGUGAUGUGGGGCAGUGUCAAGAGGUUGUUGCAGAUCAGUGAGGAUCGUGAACUGCAGUUGAAGGUAGAACAAACUUUGGAGGCGAGACAAUUGUUGAAGAAGUGGACUAGAAUGAGUUAUGUUAAGACGAUGUUGUAUGUGGUUGGCGCUAGAGGCCUAGGAGAAUCUGUAGGAGUAAGAUGUGAGGGUAUGGAAGGGAUAGAUCGUCGCCUUUGA